UGUUGCAGUGUCACUGGAGUUCAAGAACACGGAACACGAACAGCAGACAUGGCAAUGCUCAAAGAAAGCCAUCAAACAGAUUCAAGCGAGGCUGGAGAGGGGCAGUUUGUGUGUCCCGUGUGUCUGGAGAUAUUUAACCGUCCGAUGACCACACAGUGCGGACAUACAUUCUGCCAUAGUUGCCUUCAGGAAUGCUUGCGACCUCAGAAACCAGUGUGUGCAGUCUGCAGGUCUGAUGUGCUUGAGUGGACUAAAGCAGAUCAUUUGGAGAACUUGAUUGACAAAUCCACUGGAAAAUGCAGAGGCUGUGGAAAUAAUUUUGCUUUGUCCCAGAUGAGGCAUCACACAGGGACCUGCUCCAAGUAUCAAGACUAUUUCAAGGAGGGUAUGAAGUCCAUUUCCCAGAAGCAACCUUCUAUUAUCAGUUCAGUGCCGAACCGCUACACAUUCACCUGUCCCUUCUGUAACCAGAAGAACUUCGACCAGGACGGUCUAGUGGAACACUGUACCUCCAAACAUGCACACGACCCCUGUUUAGUGGUGUGUCCAAUCUGUGCCUCCAUGCCCUGGGGUGACCCGAAUUACAUGAGCGCCGACUUCUUUCAGCACCUCAAAAUAAGACAUGCUUUUUCUUACGAUACUUUUGUUGAUUACGCCACCGAUGAGCAAGCCAUGAUCCAGGAAGCUCUGCAGCGCUCUCUCAUGGAUAACUGAUGUGAGGGACACAUGAACCUCCUGCUAAAAUUAAAGGAAUAGUUCACCAUAAAAUGAAACCCAGUAAAGAGAACCAUGGAAAUUCUGUUAUUAUUUGAUCAACCUCAUGUCGUUCUGAACCCAUAUGUUGUUGUUGUUUUUGUAGAGCAAGAAAGUAGAAACUUUCAAGAAUCUUUAUUGUUAAAUGGCACGGCUUGCAUAAAUAUUGUUCAGAGAUUUCUCCUUUGUGCUCUCAAAAAGCAGCGUACUGGUUCGGAACAACAUGAGGGUCCGAAUUUUCAUUUUUGGGUGAAACAUUUAGCAAACACAACCAAAAAUCAAUGUUUAUGAUUAAACAAAUUCAGGGCUUUUUAUGCUACAUUAUUAAAAUCAAUUUAUUCAUAUUUCAUAUAUCAUGUAGUGGACACGAUGAACAUUCGUUGGUUACUCUAAAACCUCUUGGCUGAAUAUUGCUGAUUAUGAAUCUGCCAAACUCUGUGAAGUGUCAGUUUAAUUAUAACACUCUCAGCCAUAUAUCUCAUACAUUCAUGUAUCACAUAUUUCCAUACACAUUCUGAGCAGAAAGGUGUCUGCCAUUCUAAUAUACACUACCAAAAGUUUUGAAACACCUUUUGCCUAGAAUUUGCAGACGUAUGUCAAGAUGUACUCUUGACAUUUUCUCAACCAACUUCUUGAUCUAUGAUCUUUUUAAACAGAACAUAGAGUUCCCAUCUAUAUUGGACACUUGUUGCCUGCUUUUCUUUAUUACUUGGUCCAAGUUAUCCAUUUCAAAAACUGUUUAAUUACAUUUUAGUUUAAUUUAGUUUAUGAAAUAAAUUAAUAUGGUGGCACAAUUAUAUUUUUGUCUACAAAAUUAAUUUCAAACAUUUAAACAUAUGCCUUCAGAUCAAAAGAUUUUUAAGAUCAUGAGAUACAUGUCAGUCAAGUGUUUCAAAACUUUUGACCGGUAGUGUAGAUUUAUAAAGAUUUAUGGACCAUGUUAUAUUUAAUAAUAAUCAACUAUAUUAAACACUUAUAAAGUGAGUUUAUUCUGAAAUUUUCAUCAUUUCGAUUGGUCAGUUUGAUCCUGAGCUAGUAAGAAUACACUUUUUUUUCUUUUCUUUCUAUAGGCUUGUUUAGUCUUAUUUUGUGAGCAACCAAUGAGCAACAUACUGGAAUGAGUUUGUGUUCAUAACAGCAGGGGGCACAAUUGUAUCAUUAGUCCACCUUACUGUCUGUUAUCUUUCUCUUCUCAGUGCACUUAUCAGUUUAGAUGUAGAUGCUGGCAAGUUCAUACGUACUUUGCUAGGCCAAAACGUAACCAGAAAAACAGAUCCUGAUAGAAUACUUUAUUUAUUAAUCACCCCCAGAAAUGUUCUGAAAUUUCCCUUUAAUGCAGCAUAAUUUAGCUAAUAAUAGGCAUUUGCACUCUAAUGCUCUAUUUUAUUUUCGUGGUGGUUUAAUGUGUAAGUAGAAGGCAUACUAACAGUAUCAUAAUACUUUUGUCAUAAACAAUGCCUGUAGUUGGCAGACGUUUAAUAAGCUGCUCUGUGUUGAACAAAGUUAUUUUGGGGUUUAGAAUGCCCAAAGUUUGAGGAUAAACUGAGGUACGUAUGUUAUGAAUACCAUAUCCGGAGCCUGUUUAAUUAAUGUGUUUUUGUGCUUAAUGACACUGAUUUAUUGGCCUAUAUAGGUUGCUGGUGAAAAUUGCUUGUGGAUGCUAAAUAACCCCCUUCUUAAAAAAAAAAAAAAAAAGUACUGUAUUGUGUGACUGCUUUUAAGGUUAAUAAGGUUGUAUGCUGUAUGUGAAAGGCAUUUUCCCCCACCAAAUCUAAGCCAUUUUUAAUGCAUGGGCAUUCAAUUCAAUUAGGUUACAGUGUGAAUCUCUGCCUCGCCUCCGCUCUAACUCCAUUACUGUUGUUCGUUUCCUCUCCCCCAGAGACUGUCAGCUCUCAUGUCUGAAGGUGCUAAAUCCUGAUAAAUUAAAGCUCUUUAAUUAUUUAAACACUGGACCCUGAAAUCACUGUGAGUGAUUUAUACCGGUGUGUUCGAUAUGUUG